AUGAAGACACGCAAACAUGAAGAAGAUGAAGAGGGAGAAGUACCAUCUUUGUGUUCUGUCUCGUGUAAUUAUAACGAAUUGGUGGAUGAGAUCAAUGGAAGUGAAGUUGCUUACAAUAUGAAUAUCCUCAUGAAAAGGAAGCAUAUGAAUGAAGGGAAUUUAAGAGUAGAAAAUGAGAUCAGUGUUUUAAAGUAUGCAUAUGAAAUGAUACAGGAAAAAAGUGAAUUAAGGAAAGAACAAAUGAAAUUGACAAUUUUUAGCAUGCUGAGAUGUUUUGACUUUUUUAAUGAUAUGUUAUUUUUUUUGAAAAUUUUUUAUGAACAUUGUGCAUGUAGACAAAACAAGAAUAUAGAACAUGAAAACCUGUAUAAAAUAAUAACUAUUUGGUUAUUUUUUUUGCAUAUUAUUUCCUUUUUCACUUUUCAUUCCCGUAAAUUUUUUAUUGUGAAUAUGAUACCAGAGGAACAUAAUGACUUAUUUAAACUUUUUGCAGUGUUUAGAAAAAUUAAAUCUAUCCAGAGUACAGAAGUUAACAUUUUGCAUUUUUAUAGCAGAAUUGAGAAAAGUUAUAUUAUAAUAAAUAAAUUUUUUGAAGAUAUUCCUCAGUUUAUUUUGUUCCUCUUACACAUUUGGCUUAAUGGAGAAGACACCAUUUUUUUUAUUUUUUUUAUAUUUUACUCUAUUUUUUAUGUAGCCUUAUGUUCGUUUACCCAUGUGUCCAGCUAUCCUCGGCUUUUCUCAGUGUUGCGCUCUCGUUUUGCUUACCUACCGGGGGACUCACUUAUCGAGCAUGACGCAGCACCAACUAAUAAGUUUUUCUGUUUGUAUGCAUGGGCUGUUUUUUUUGUAUGGUCCCUUUUAACACUGACAACGAGGAGGUUCGCUACCGCACCCUGGAUUUUGCUUAUACACAUGCAGUUUUGGAUUUUUUCUCUUAUGUCACUUAUAUUCCUAUUGCUCUUUCUUUAUUUCCACUUUGAUGACAAACAAAACUUUUAUCUAAAUUCUUAUAACAGUUUUUGGAGACAAGUGUAG